GCCCUUGUAACUCUAUACGCGAGCAAACAAACAAUUUAAACAUGCACUAAACAAAUUCAAGCAAUAAGUUUAUCGCCAUUUACAAACCACCACCAUUACAUCAAAUACUGAAGGUCAACGAGCAGAAAUAGGCUACGCCUAGGGCACAUACGCUGCUAGUCUAAGUUAUCAAGUGCCUCAUGACCCUUGAAAAGUGGACUUGCCCGAGUCUCACGAGUACGGUAAUUUUUGAAGUACCUCCCCUUGAGAAAUCACCUUGGGAUCUUUCUUUAGUGCCACAGCUUAAGAACAAGAUUUUCCUCUGCUCUCUGGGGCACAAUUCUGCAUAGGUGCAGUCAAGCUUGCCGGUAUCGGUCACCCUCUCGUAAGUUUUUCGGGAAAUUAGAGAAUCAGUUUAUCUUGAACAUAACCUGCACGUUCUGCAAACAGCCGAUGUGAGCGACGCUUUAUUUCUCCCAAGAGUUUUAAAAAAACAUACCGAUUCCACAGCCCCACAAAUCGCGUAUUAUCAACACACGGCCUCCCACAGAAAGUUCGACUUUGUCACUAUCACAUGUCUUUAGGGGCGUGGUUUCAGCUAACCGCCUUAUUCAUAGUUGCAUCUUGUUCAAAACCCAUAGAGAGUUGCCACAUGGGUCAUGUUUUGUUUACUUGGGUCAUAGUUUACAACUGUUCACAGGACUCUUCGUUUAAUUGAUUUUUUUCAGGCAACCAUAUUUCUCUAAGACAAGGCCACAAGCACAUCUCACAACUAUGAAAAACCUGGCAUACUGCAUGAUGUUACUGUCGACCUUGCAUACAUGUUGCUGCUCGCAAUUUCAGUCUACAUGUAAUGGGGUGGGAAAACUACUAAUUCUAUAUAUUUAAAGCUCCUCAAAGCAGUCCAUUUCGUCAGUUUUUUUCUCUCGUGAAGUCAACAUGGAAACCGCGUCUAAACUCAUGGAUCUUCGACGCACGUCUGUACACAUUUGCAAUGCUGGUGUUUAUGGAAACGACAUUCAGUUGAGCAGUAUUAGCUGGCGCUACUGUGAGUAAUUACAAUGUAGUGACGUACUGUCGCAAAGAAGGGCCUUGGCCACGACUGCCACAGCUUGAAGUCCCCUCACAGAUGGUUAAUUCGAUUUGAAGUCAAGGUUAGCGAGGAGGUCAAACUCUUUCAGCAUAAUAAUAUAUUGCAGACAGCUCGAUGGCACCAUGGAACUUCCAAGGAAAGAGUGCGUGGCACACGAAUUGAGGUUCUCCGACACCUCUAUGGACGAGGUGUCAGACGGAAGUGACAAGGACAGUGACAGGGAGAAAAGAGGAGUCUACGUCCGUAGGAGCCAGAUUGUGGCUGCUGUCAUCCUGGUACUUAUGGUGGCGGCAGUCGUGGGACUGUUGGUGGGCUACUUGCCCGAGUGCGAGACGACUACCGAGACUACAAAGCCUAGGCCGACGGUCACAACGCCUGCGCCCACCCCGCCGUGUCUAGAUCCCUGGUGUAACCUUCGACUGCCUUCUGCUAUCUACCCGGAACACUACAAGUUGCUGCUCUACCCAGACCUAGACACAGGUAACUUCACCGGCGCGGUAGAUAUCGACAUCGUGGUCGAGGAAGCCAUCAAGUUUCCACGACUCCACAUCAACAAGAUGAUCAUCCACUCGUCUCAGAUUAGGCCUGCCGUGGAAUCCGGCUCCACACCGGCACCAGCUCUGGAGGUAGUCCGGUCUUUCGAGUAUGUUCCUAAUCAGUUCUACGUGAUGGAGAUGAAGGACGAUCUGAUGCCAGGGAACUACGUCUGGAGCUUGGAGUUCCAGGGAUAUCUUCAACCGCAGCGCACAGGGUUCUAUCUGAGCACUUACACCAACGAAAAGGGUGAGAACAGGAAAAUGGCCACUAGCAAGUUUGAGCCCACCGAUGCGCGUCGCGCAUUCCCAUGUUUCGAUGAGCCUAACUUGAAGGCUAAUUUUACCACCUCACUAGUGCGACCACAGACCCCUUACAUUGCCCUCUCCAAUAUGAAUGAAGUUAGUUCAACCCCUUAUCUCAGCACAAACAUGAUCAAGACAGACUUUGCCCCCUCUGUGAAGAUGAGCACAUACUUGGCUUGCUUCAUCGUCUGUGAUUUCGAAUUCAAGGAGUCAUUCCUAAAGAGUGGCAUUCCAUUCAGAGUCUACGCUCCACCUCAUCAAAUCGAUCAAGUGGAUUAUGCCCUGGAGCUUGGUGUCAAUGUCACCGAUUAUUAUGAGGACUAUUAUGAUCUGGCUUACCCGUUGCCGAAAUUGGACAUGAUAGCCAUUCCAGACUUCACCUCGGGUGCUAUGGAGCACUGGGGGCUGAUCACCUACCGUGAGGUCUACCUGCUGUACUCAGAGACCGAAUCCUCUGUCUCCAACAAGCAGAGAAUUGCUGAGGUCGUGGCCCAUGAAUUGGCCCACCAGUGGUUUGGUAACAUCGUGACAAUGGAUUGGUGGGAUGAUCUCUGGCUGAAUGAGGGCUUUGCUAGCUACGUGGAGUACAUUGGUGUGGAUUACUGCCAUCCUGAUUGGCAAAAGAUGUACCAAUUCCUAAACCAGGACUUCUUCUACGUUAUGGGUAACGACCAGAUCGUCAGCUCACAUCCCAUCAUCGUGGACCUACAGAACCCAGAUCAGAUCAAUGAAGUCUUUGAUUCCAUCCCGUAUAGCAAGGGUGCAAGCGUUCUUCGCAUGUUGGAUAGCAUCGUUGGCACGGAAGCCUUCAAAACGGGUGUAGCGACUUACCUGAAAAAGUAUGAGUACCAAAAUGCUGUCAGUGAUGAUCUGUGGCGUGAAAUUACAAUUGCAAGCCAGCAAAGAGGGAACGAUAUCAACGUGAAGCACAUCAUGGAUUCCUGGACCCUACAGAUGGGUUUCCCUGUGGUGACCCUCACCAAGACAGACACCGGUUCAGGACUGGUGUUUAACGCCCGGCAGGAAUGGUUCUUAAUCGACCCUAAUGCUGACAAAAGCCAAGAUUUAUAUGGCAGUCCCUUCAACUACACCUGGUAUGUGCCACUUGAUUUCUACUUUGAGACUGAUCCAGUGACUGUUGUGUCUGUGCAUAUGAACUACUCGGGAGUUGCAUUUAACAGAGCAUCCAGUGACAACGACAAAUGGUACGUGGCUAACUACGGCGAGUAUGGAUUUUACCGCGUCAACUAUGAUCCAAAUAACUGGAAGCUUCUAAGCAACCAGUUGGUUGCCAACCAUUCUCUCAUUGACAUCCGUGACAGGGCCGGCUUGUUGGAUGAUGCCUUUAACCUGGCCAGAGCCGAGCUCAUCAACUAUGAAAUCCCGCUAGACAUGACCAAGUAUUUGAUUAAUGAACUGGAAUUCACACCAUGGGAUGCGGCCUAUGACAGCAUCAUCUGGCUGCGAGAAAUGCUGCGCUACCGACCUCUCUUUGCUAAUCUCAGGAAAUAUUUCGCAGCGCAAGCAAAGCCAAUGCUGGAUAAACUGACCUGGAACGACCAGGGAACUCACAUGGAAAAGAAGCUGCGGAGUGAUAUCAUCUACAUGUCUUGCGGCUUUGGAGAUUCUGACUGUUUGGAACAAGCUGUACUACGAUUCACAAAUUACUUGAAUGGACAAAGUGUCCCCGUCAACAUCAGGAGACAGGUCUACCGCUUUGGGAUGGAGGAGACCGGAGACCAGGACGCCUGGGACUACCUGUGGGAGAUGUACAUGAACAGUACCGUGUCCACAGAAAAGACCAACCUGCGAUACGCCAUGGCCCGUACCCGUCAAGUCUGGCUGCUUUCAAGAUAUCUGGAAUACUGCCGGGACGAGUCAAAGAUUCGUAGCCAGGAUUUCUUCACAACGCUGGGUUACAUCGCAGACAAUCCUGUGGGUAACUCCCUCGUCUGGGACUGGGUACGAGCCAACUAUGACUACCUUCUGGAAAGAUUUGGAGCAAGUGACCGGUACCUUGGCCGCCUGGUCCCUGGCUUUGUUGACUACUGGAAUACCGAGCAGAAACUCAAGGAGCUGGAGGACUUUUGGGCCGAGUACCCUGAUGCAGGUGCCGGGGCGAGAGGCAGACUGCAAGCCAUAGAACGUAUCAAGACCAACAUCAAGUGGAUGGAAAAGAACGAGGCCACCAUUGCCCAAUGGCUGAACGACAAUUUGUAAUCAGCCCCACCAAGAAACCACAUCCUAUUCAUACACAAAGUUCAACUGAUCCAUUAAUACUCUAGUUUUAUCAAAACAUCCAGGAAGUACCGAACUUCAACUCAGCAAAGUAUUUAUAAUAAAAGGUUUUGUCUGGUAUCAACCCCCCUCCAUGCAAAACCAGGCGUUGGAUUUUGGCCAACCCGAAUUAGUUUUCUAAAGGAUAACAUGUUUAUGUGUUGCUUUCAAGAGUCCACUUUGGUCAGUUUGACUUGAGAACAUGAUUGGUGCAUUUGAGAUUUUUUUAGAGUUUAGUUUGGUUACUAGAAUUUGUUGAUGUUUUUCCUGACCACUGAUUGUGCUGUGAAUCUGGGGUCACAUCACAGCAACAGUUGCUGUGAUGUUAUUUCAGGGAGACACUUUGGUUCAAAUGGUGGACCCCAGAUUUGCUCACUGAAACUAUUUGUGUCAAACCAUUACUGCUUGACUUCCUCUAACAAACUGAAACAAUAAGGCAUCACCGAAGUAAAUAAAUAUUGAUCCAUGAUGAAAUACCCAGAAUUCAACAACAUUUAGUGCAAAAGUAGCUGUAACAUUGAGGUUAGUGCCAUAAAAUUUUUACUCAUUAAUAUGCAUAUUUGUAUUAACAAAAAUAUUCAAAAUGACCAAAAUACCAGUGACUAACAUGUACCCAGCGAGGUAAGCAUUCCCAUGGUUCUUUGCCCAGCAUUUUCUUCUUUUUUAAUUCAAACGCUGUUUUAUUGUCACGCACAUAAAUAAAUCCAUGGUUACAGUAUACCACCAAGCUUUGUUAGAGAUUAGCAUUGUAUAACUCAUUGUAUAGUCUCAUUAGAUGGACUGAUAUGCUUCUAAUUCUUCCAAAUUACUCAGUACUAUGUUAUAAACAGAUUAUGUUAAACAGCUAUUAAACAUAAUCGAAAGAUAAUUAGAAACAAAUUGCCAAAUAAGGUCUUUGUUAAACUUUGUUUAAAAGGAGGAGCAAAAGCUUUCUGUAGGUACAGAUCUGUGAUUUUACCCCAAAAUGUUAUGAAUGCACAAAAUGAUUGCAGUGAAUAAAAAUUAAUGCAUUUUUUUCAAUCAUUUUUAGAUUUUGUAACAUCCAGUGUGCACAUUAUUACCUAUUACAAAUUAUUUUGUGUAUAGCUUUAUUAUAUCAAGUCAUUGGCAUAAUUCAGAUUAUUUCAUUUGAAUAAAAUAAUAUUUUUGAGGAAUAAAUGCAGUAUGGAUCGAGUCACAUUAGUUGAAGUAGUGUCAACUUGGAUACAUGUAUUCAAUUUUAAAACGCAAAGAUGGCUGUGGAAUUUUUAUAUUGUUUAAUUCAAAGCUGAAGAGAUUAAUGCUUGGAAUUUUUAUUUCUUUUGUAUCAUCUUAAAAUGUCCGUAUAAUCUAAAAACAAAAGGACUUUCUGAAUGAAUCAUUUCUUAAAAUAACAGGGUAUGUUCAAUUUACAAGGGGUUAAUCUUGGAUAUUUUCAAACUGAAAUUUUCAUAGAAAUAGACGGGUCAUUUUCUUGGACUUUUUAGCAUUAAAGGGUUAACCUUUCAUUUUCACAUGAAAAAAUUUCCUUGAGUUUUCAAGGAUCAAUUUUGGAGUUAUCUUUGACUAAACAGGUUACACCUUGGCCUUUGAUGUUAAUUUAGCUUGUCAUUACAAGGAGUUAAUCUCAAACUUUGUGAAUUCGAUUUCAAAUGUUCUCCAAGUGGAAACAGUCGACAGUUUUAGUAAUGUUGCAAGGGAUUAAUCCAACAUGUUUUUCUUAAACUUGCAAGGGGCGAGCCUUGCACUUUGAAUUUAAGUUUACCAUUUGUUUCAACUGAGGCCUAAAUUACAAGUGAUUUAUCUCCAAAUUUUGGAAAUAAUUUUCCAAGAUAAGAUUACAAGGGGAAUUUUAGGAUUCAAUGUUUCUUCAAUUUUAUUAAAAUUAUUUCAAUUAAAAACCCUGGGGUUUUUUGUAUUUUGAGAUUUUUCUGAUUUUAAUGGUCUAACAGUGACAAGUUUUCCCCAAGAUUUUAAUUCAUGCGUCUUCAAAAUUACAAUUUGUAAGUUUCAUAAGGCAUACAUCUUCCAUAUCAGUCUUUCAAAAGCAUUUACUUUUCUUACUCUUUACUAAUAGGUCAUUUGGGAGACAUUUUGUGGUAAAUUUUUCAGCAUUA